GUGCUUUGUGUGAACAUGGGAGGUGAGAACCUGAUUGAACUUUGAGAAAAGAAGUUCAACAGCAGCUCAGCAGCUCCUGGCUUCUGCUUGUGGGCUCCUUUUUUUUUUUUUUUUUUUUUUCCCCUUUCCCUUCCCAGAAGCUGCGCAGGGAAAAGCGGCUCUCACCAGCGAUCAGCCCUCGCUCUCCCUCCCUCCCCGGCUCCCUCCCUCCUUGCCAACGCUCUGAAUCAUCUGGAUCCUGAAAGCCGGGCUCCUAAUUUGAUCUCUUCUUGGGAAAAUGGAUUCCAGGGUGCUGUCAGAGAUGCAUUUCUGUAAAAAGAUCUUCACUGCAGCCUUGUGUGUCUUAGUUUUGCUGCCAGAUUCGGGUUGUGCAAGGAAUCUCUGGAAGCGUGCUCUACAUCUGAAAAUGACGGAGAAAUAUGAUGAUUAUGAGUACCCUCUUCAUUCUCACAGUUCCCACUACCAGAAGAACGACCGCUGUCCCCCACCGCCCCAGACUUUGCCUGACCAAGCCUGCGAGGUGCCCAGCUGCCGGUCGGAUUCAGAGUGUGAAAGGCACAAGCGCUGCUGCUACAACGGGUGUAUCUAUGCCUGCCUGGAGUCCGUACAGCCACCGCCAGUUUUAGACUGGUUGGUUCAGCCCAAACCCCGCUGGCUGGGAGGAAAUGGGUGGCUUUUGGAUGGCCCAGAGGAAGUCUUACAAGCUGAGGCCUGCAGUACCACUGAGGAUGGAGAUGAGCCUCUGCAUUGCCCCACAGGCUAUGAAUGCCAUAUCAUCAACCCGGGUAACACGGCUGAAGGAAUCCCUAACAGGGGCCAGUGCAUCAAGCUCCGUGGAAAUCCAGAUGGACGCAACCUGAGGCAUAAGUAUUACAAGGAAUAUUUUGGAAGCAAUUCCAACAAUGUGGUCGGCUAUGUGAAAAACCAGCAGAAGCAUUUAGGCUAAUCAAAGGUGUGCCCAGCUGGACUGCUCUCUUAAGCAGCUGUGAAGGAAUGCUUUGCCCAACAGUU